AUGCCUCAACAUCAAAUGAGAAAUAGAUGGGUCAAACUUGGGGAUUUCGGGUUAGCUAGGCUUGUCGAUCCUGGAACGUGGUCACAAACCACUCUGUUGCCCUGGACUAUGGGCUAUAUGGCUUCUGAGUGCGUUUCUUCAGGAAAAGCUAGUAAGGAAUCAGAUGUUUACAGCUUCGGAGCUGUCACAUUGGAAAUUGCAUGCGGUAGAAGAUCAAUAGAGCCCAAAUAUGAAGAGUCUCGGGCCGCAUUGCUAGCCUGGGUGUGGGACUCGUUUGGGAAGAAAAGGCUGCUUGAUGUAGCAGACGGGAAAUUAUGUCUGGACUCUGAUAUUAAACAAAUGGAACGCUUGCUGAUGAUUGGACUGAGGUGUGCCCAUCCAGAUCACAAUUUAAGACCUUCAAUAAGGCAGGCGAUUCAGGUUCUUAAUUCUGAGGCUCCAUUGCCAAAUCUUCCACGUACGAGGCCUACUCCCACGUAUGAUGUAGCUAUGGCUUCUGGAGCUAAAGCAAGUGAGCCAUAUUUUUCUACUUUGACUAUUACAGUGCCGCGUUAA